UCCGAACCCCAAAGAGAAAACACAGCCACUGCCACUGCUUCUCUCUCUGUCUCUCUCUCACUCUCUCUCUAGAUUCUCUCUCUCUGGUGUUGGAAUUGGCUUUCCCAGGUUGUUCUUCUUCUGAGUGAUGGGUAUGCCCUGCCGCUGUUCCCACACUUCCCACAUCACCGAGAUAAUCAUCACCAGCUUCUUCCGCCACAAGUCUUAGAUCUUUAACCUCAAUUCAGCUUCUUUAACCUACUUUCAUGGCUCCUUAAGAACUUGGUCGGAGUAAGCUUGGUGACAUGGCUGGUGGGAGGCUCUUUAGCGCUGUUCCUUCAAACGCUUCCAAUAUCUCUCUUUUGCUACACAAUCAAACUCCUCCUCCCACUUCUGAUUCUCUUUUCCUUUCUACCCCUCCUUCUUUCCUCGGUUCAAGAUCGAUGGUGAGUUUUGAAGAUGUUAAAGGAGGGAAGGGGUGUAACAGGUCGUUCUUUGGCGCAUUUGAUGUGGACGAAAACGGGGAUGAUGGUAUGGACGAAUACUUUCAUCAACCGGAGAAGAAGCGGCGUCUCUCUGCGGACCAAGUUCAGUUUCUUGAGAAAAGCUUCGAGGAGGAAAACAAGCUCGAACCCGAGAGAAAAACUAAGCUAGCCAAGGACCUUGGUUUGCAGCCACGACAAGUUGCUAUUUGGUUCCAGAAUCGUCGAGCAAGGUGGAAGACAAAACAGCUUGAAAAAGAUUAUGAGUCUCUGCAUGCUAGCUUCGAGACUCUUAAGGCCAGUUAUGAUAACCUCCUCAAGGAGAAAGACAAGUUAAAAGCUGAGGUGACAAGCCUCACGGAAAAGGUGCUUGCAAGAGAGACACGAGAGGGGGGAUUUAAGCAAGGUGAGAGUGAAACAAAGGGGUUGCAAGAACAACCCGAAAAACCUUUGCUUGAUUCAGUUUCAGAGGGUGAGGGAUCCAAAGUCUCAGUUGGGGGUUGUAAACAGGAAGAUAUUAGUUCAGCAAGGAGUGACAUUUUGGAUUCUGAUAGCCCACAUUACACUGAUGGAGUUCACUCUGCACUGCUAGAGGCAGGUGAUUCUUCUUAUGUGUUUGAGCCUGAUCAAUCAGACUUAUCACAAGAUGAAGAAGACAACUUCAGCCAGAGCCUGUUGCCUCCAUAUAUCUUUCCUAAGCUUGAAGAUGUGGACUACACCGACCCACCUGAAAGUUGUAAUUUUGGAUUAACGGAGGAAGAUCAUGCCAUUUGGACUUGGGCAUUCUAAGUUUUCUUCCCCCAUUCAUCUGUGUUUUAUGUGUCUAGUAUUUGCACUUUUUGUAAAAUGGGUGACCGGUUAACUAAUAAGUCAGAGCAAUGGCACCCUACCCAAAAUGGAUAUGCUAUAUAUCUACUCUAUUUAUCAUGGCUUUAUUAGGAUAGAAAAUGGUGGUGCUUUUCCCCCCAUUUGUUACUUGUAAUGAAACUGUUAGUUCCAAUGUAAUUAAAUAAUGUCUUCUUGAGAAUGUAACUCUGGAUUUAAUUUCUGAGGAAAUUCAAAUUGGAAAGUUGAUGAAAUUGGAAAUAAAGAUAAGCCAUAUAUAGCUUGACAUGGAAGGCCAAUUAGAGUGGCACAGAUUGAGGCCUAGUAGUUUUGAUUUGUAAGUAGCCCCUGCAUGACGAAGUUGACCUGCCAUGGUUGAAUUACUUUCCUUACCAGGUUCAGAACAAUGAGAGGAUUUAAGCUGUGACAAAAGGGGUGUCGCUUUCGUUAUGAAUUGGCCCCAAAAAUGACCCUCGUGUCUCUCUCUCUCUCCAGGGGACGAGGAUCACGGAUUUCUGUUCUCAUUUAUUUGCUCGAUUCCUAAAAAACUUCCCAAGAGUGAUGAUAUCAUGAGGAUUUCGCAGAACCUUCUGUACAUUUCUUUGAGCCAAUGGGAUAUAUAUAUAUUAAGUUAUUGCCCUUGUGGAAAUUUCGGUGCAUACUCGGAGGAAUAAGCAAUUUAUGUAAUUUCAUCCCUAACAACUUUUUUCAACUCCUGGAAAUAAUCACAUCUUUUGAAACGGUAGUAAAUAAUUACUAAACCAGGUCGCCAACUCAUUUUGAGGUUUGAAAAUUUUAUAAUAUGGACAUUUAUCUAUUAUUGUUUUUGAAAUUUAUAAUAAAUGUGGUUCAUAUAUGUU